AUGAAGCCCAAGUUCCACAAUCUAUGGAUGGUCACCGUGUACAAGGGUCCUCACACGUGUAUACGGACUGGGGUGCGAAAUGAUGGUAGAAUGAUGAGUUGUAAAUUUAUUGCAGAGAACAUCCUUAAGAAGUUAUGUGAGGAUCACACUAUCCCAAUUAAGCAUCUCAGAUCUAUGAUAGAGUCGAAAUAUGAGGGACAAAAGCCUUCUUACUACAAGGUGUGGGAUGCGAAACAAAAGGCGAUUGGGAAGAUGUUUGGGAAUUGGGAAGAGUCUUAUCAAAGGUUGCAAAAGUUGCUAAUGGCAUAUAUUGAUCAGGAUCCGACUACCCAGGUGUUCUAUCGUACCACAUCCACCGGUGAAGAUGACACAGUAUUUUUGAAUUAUGUGUUUUGGUCUUUCGGUCCAAGCAUUGAUGGAUUCAAAUAUUGCAAGCCGGUUAUCAGUAUUGAUGGGACCCAUCUGUAUGGUAAAUAUCAGGGAAAGUUGUUGGUUGCAAUGGCAACCGACGCUAACAACAAGGUAUUCCCUCUUGCCUUUGCUAUUGUGGAUUCUAAGUCAAGGUCUAGUUGGAGGUGGUUUUUACAAUGCCUCAGAGAUGCGAUUGGCCGCAUGAUACCUAACGAAGGCAUUUGCAUAAUUUCUGACCGACAUCUCGAUAUCAAAAACGCCAUUGCAAACUGGCCUAGAAGGGAUGAUGGAAGAGCACUGGUAUUUCAUAGAUAUUGCCUUCGACAUGUUGCUAGCAACUUUAACACACAUUUUCAGAACUCAACUCUGAAGUCAGCGGCGUUGAAAGCCGGAUAUGCUAGUCAGGCAGUGAAAUUUACCUCCAUAAUGGAGACCAUUAAGCAGGCGGAAAUUGAGGCCAUUAGAAAUAAGAAGAAGUUGACGAGGAAGGAUGGCAAGGAAAAGAAUCAAGAUUAUCUUCCAUACACAUACCUAAUGGGCGAGUCUGUGGAUAUGUGGACCCAGUCACAUGAUGGUGGGAGACGUUUUGGGGCAAUGACAACCAAUAUAUCAGAGUGCUUCAAUGGUGUAUUGAAAGGUGCACGGGGCCUUCCUAUUGCCGCAUUGGUUGAGUUCACUUGGAACAAACUUGUCAGUUAUAUCCACGACCGUCGCAAAGAAUACCUUUUUGAGUUCUCAGAGGGUAAGAAAUGGAGUAAAUAUGCCUUCUCCAAGUGGGAUGAGAAUAAGAGUAAAUCUGAGAAACAUUAUCUCAAGCCAUUUAGCAAUGAAGAGCUGAUAUUUCAAAUAGUUACCCAACUACUAUAG